GAGAAAGCGCGAGGUUUCCGGGAAGGCAGCACCGCCCCCUGAGCCCCAGCAGCCGGGCACUAUAAAGGGCCGGGCGCGUUGCUUCGUUCCCCAGUCCGCGCAGCGCACCCAGCGCCUAGGUGUUGUCCUCUCUGCCUCUCUCGCCCGCUAUGGCUCCCUGUGGCGCCUGGCCCUCGCUGGCGGUGCUCCUGUCCCUGUUUGCGGCUCUGCUCCCAGGGCCUUUACACUUGAAGUUGCCUUUGCCUGGAAUUCACACCGCAUUUCCUUGGAUGGAGCCCUGAUGGGUCAGUGGUUAAGAGCUACAGCUGCUAACCAUAAAGGGUCUGGAGGUGCCCAAGUAUCAGUGCACCCCCUAGAAGCCAUCGUGCACAAAGGAGGCUCCGUGGUAGUGAAUUGCAGUGCCACCUGUAACCAAUCCAACAUAGAACUGGGCCUGGAGACAGUGUUCAACAAGAAGCUAGUUUCUAAGGGGGCCAGCUGGAAGGUCUUUGAACUGAGUGAUGUGCAACAAGACAGUAGCGGGCUAUGCUAUGCAACCUGUGGCGAUAAACCUGAGCAGGGAACAGCUACAACUUCCAUCACCAUGUACUCGUUCCCAGAGCGCGUGGAGCUGGCGCCCCUGCCCCCCUGGCAGCCUGUGGGCGAGAACUUCACUCUGCGCUGCCAGGUAUGGGGCGGAGCUCCCCGGGCCAACCUCUCCGUGGUGCUGCUCCGCGGGCAGGAUGAACUGAGCAGGCAGCUUGCAGUUGGGGAGCCUGCUGAGGUCACGGCCACGAUGCCUGCACGCAGGGAGGACUACGGCGCCAACUUCUCGUGCCGCGCAGAACUGCAGCUCCGAGGGCUGGAACUGUUCAAGAACAGCUCGACCUCCAGGCAGCUCCGAACCUUUGCCCUGCCAAUGACCCAUCCGCUCCUCGUGGCCCCUCAUAUCUUGGAGGUGGGUGAAGAGUCCACCACGGACUGCUCCUUGAAUGAAGUGUUCCCGGUCUGGGAGGCCCAGGUCCACAUGGCACUGGGGGACCGGCGACUGAGCCCCAUGAUCAAGUCCAAUGCCAGAGCACUCUUGGCCACAGCCACGGUCACGGCAGACUCAGCAGAGGAGGGCACCCAACAGCUGAUGUGUGCGGUAAUCCUGGGGAACCAGACGAGCCUGGAGACAAGACAGACAGUGACCAUAUACAGCUUCCCGGCACCCAAACUGACCUUGAGUGAAGUGGAGGUCUCGGAAUGGACAGUGGUGACUGUGGUGUGUGAGGCUCACGCUGCAGCCAAGGUGACACUGACCGGGGUUCCAGCUCCAGUCCCCACCCCGCCCCUGGCCUCGAGGGUCCAUUUCGAUUUUAAUGCCAGCGCCGAGGACAACGGCCGCAAGUUCUUCUGCUCUGCUGCCCUGGAGGUAGCUGGGCAGGUGCUGUAUAAGAACCAGACCCAGAAGGUCAAUGUCCUGUAUGGCCCCCGACUAAAUGAGGAGGACUGCCCAGGAAACUGGACAUGGCAGGAAGGCUCUGAGGAGACCCUGAAGUGCCAGGCCUGGGGAAACCCAUCCCCCGAGCUGAAAUGCCUCCGAAAAGGGGAUGAGUUCUCACUGCCCAUUGGGGACCUGAGGCCUGUCAAACGGGAGUUUGCAGGCACCUACUUCUGCCGGGCCGUGAGCAAGCGUGGCAUGGUCACCCGCCAAGUGGUUGUGAACGUGCUCUACCACCAGAACUACUUGGCUGUCAUCAUUACGGUGGCAGCCAUGGUCAAACUAAGCAUCGGAGGCACAGCCGGCUACCUCUAUAACCGCCAGCGGAAGAUCAGGAAAUACAAGUUACAGAAGGCUCAGGAGGCGGCCUCCCUGAAGAUGAACACACCACCCUGAUCCCAAUCCAGGACUGGCCUCCUCCUUGGCUUUCCCACACGGUGGCAGCCCUCCAUAUUGGACAACGUGGUGGAUAUACACCGCUGGGCUACGCCCACCUCCUCCAGCUGCCAGAGGACAGGAGCAUUGCCUCAGCUGGCAUACACAGUACUUGGGGUCAUGGUACCUGCACCCUGAGGACCCCCAGGCCUCCCACCUGAUCUGUAGCCACAGAACUGAACCAAGAGGAGGAAGCACUGCAGGGAAUGACUACAGACAUGGCCGGAGGGGGUGUGUUGG